GGACGCAACGGAACACCACAGCUCGCACUCACUCCACACUAGCGAGCCAUCACCGCGAAGCCACGAUCGAGCCGAGCGCACUCAUGAGGGCGAGGCAGCGCGGUGAGAGAGGUGGUAUGUCGUCGACGAGCACGAGGUCGAGGCUGGCGGCGGCGGCAGACGGGGCCUCGUGGUGCCUCGCGCUAUCGGCGCUGGCGGCGCUGCUGCUGGUGUGCUCCCUCGGCGAGACGUCGGAGGCGGUCACUGUGCGGGGCGCCUCGCUGUCGGCGCGGUGGCGGCCGUGCGAGGAGGUCUACGUGGUGGCGGAGGGCGAGACGCUGCACGGCAUCAGCGACCGGUGCGGCGACCCCUACAUCCUGGAGCGCAACCCGCACGUCCACGACCCCGACGACGUCUUCCCCGGCCUCGUCCUCAGGAUCACGCCCUCCAGCCCCAGCACCAGGCAGUCCGUCCCCGCUAGCCCGUAGGUAGAAGAAGAAAGAAGAAGAGUUUGAUUGUUCUGAAGAAUCAUUCCAGUUCGCUCUGAAGAAGUCUGAUUUAGUACGAGUAACCUCGCUAGUCUUAGCGGUAGAGGACAGAGUGUCAGAGUUCAUUGACGGAUAGUAUAUGCCUGGUUUCCUUGUAAUUCUCUCUUAUACUUUGUGCGUGGAAAAUUGGCGAGGCCUAGUGCACUCAGCAGCACUGCCCGACCGCUGCGUACAACCGCAUAGCCGAUAGUGGGAGUAGUUGGUCAUGUGGGCAAGUGGGGUGGCUGUUGCCUGUUGCUCGCGACGAGGGACAAACUCGUGGUCUUGUGGGCUCCUUCAACAAUGGGCCGUUUCGCGGGAGGGGUGGGCCUGGACCGUUGGAGGUGGAGAUGUUCCGAGGAUUCAAUCAACCUUCGUACGCUAUUACCAAAUUUCUCAAUACGUAUAAUAGCAUCACCGUGACAGAGUGCAGUGUUUUGGAGGCCCUUUUCUUUACAAAAAAAAAUAUAUCAAAAGUUACAUCUCAAAGUUUUA